ACACACUGGAGUUUAGAAGGAGACACAGGCCAGUGCUGAUUUAGCAGAACUAGUAAGAGUACUAGUGUUCAGAUAUUUAUGGAUCCUCCUUUUCUCCUUCAUGGAAACAGCAUGCAGUGCACAGCCUCCUCUCCUCAGGACCCCACACAGGCGAGCGGUGACCGGGCCGAACUGACCCAGCUGCCCGCUAAAGACGCGUCCUCCAUAGACAGCAGCUCUGAUCUGGGCAGCCCCAGAGCGCUGACCUUUGACCUGCUGAACAUGGUGAUCUGCUUCAAGCGGAUGGCCAUCUUCCUGGAGCCGGUCACAGACUCGCUGGAGGUGCUGCGCUCCCUGCUCGGGUGGAGGAUGCCGCUGUGCUCCCUGCUGAGCUGCGUUCUGCUCAACAUCCUCUUCCUCACUCUGAGUGAAGGCGCGUGGCUCUCUGUGCUGCUGCUGGCCGUCUCUGCUCCGGCUGAGGUCAAGGGCAUGCUGAAACGAAUAGAUGAGCUGCUGACCCAGGCGUGUGUGUGUGCGGAGUCUGUGUAUAAAGUGUUGUACUGGGAGAGCCACGCCGUCUCCUCCGUGAAACUGCAGUUCAGUGUUUUCUGUUUUAAAGAAAAGGGUUUGGUUUCCGAUCUUCAUCCUGUUCAUCAUGCUUUUCCAUUUAAACUCAUAUAAUGUUGUUUCACUUUUAUUCCCAG